GGCGCCGGCUUUCGCUUUCAGUCGCUGGCUGGCGAGUUUAGGACGCGGAGGAGGCUCCAGGGCGCGCGGCGCAGGGCGCAGGGCGCGGGCCGGACCGCUCUCGGCCCCGCUUCCCAUGGCGCCCGCAGCGCUGUGGGCCGCGCUGGCCGUUGGACUGCAGCUCUGGGCCGCGGGGCUCGCCGUGCCCGCCGAGUCUGUGUUUGUGCCCUAUGCACCAGAGCCCGGGAGCCCCCACGCGCCAGAAUGCAGGCCGAGGGACUACUACGAGAAGACCGCUGGGAUGUGCUGCAGCAUGUGUCAGCCUGGCCAGCAUUUGAAAACCGUCUGCACCAAGACCUCUGACACCGUGUGUGCCCCUUGCGAGGACAGCACGUACACCCAGGUCUGGAACUGGGUCUCCACGUGCUUUAGCUGCGGCUCGCCCUGCAGCUCUGACCAGGUGGAAACUCAGGCGUGCACCCCGCAGCGGAACCGCGUUUGUGCCUGCAAGCCUGGCCGUUUCUGCAUGCUGGGGAAUCCGGACAGCUGCCGGCAGUGCAUACUUCUGCGCAGGUGUCCUCCGGGCUACGGCGUGGCCAGGCCAGGAACUGCGACCUCAGACGUGCGCUGUGCCCCCUGCACCCCAGGCACGUUCUCCAGCACCUCCUCGUCCACGGAAGUCUGCAGGCCCCACCGCAACUGUAGCUCGGUGGCCGUCCCUGGGAAUGUGACAACGGAUGCAGUGUGCAAGUCUAUGGCCCCCACCCUGGGAGCAGCCCCGGGCCCAGCUCGCACACCCCGGUCUGUGUCCCCGAGAGCCCAGCCUGGGGGGCCCACUCCAGCGCCUGGCACAGUUCCAAGCACGGCCCUCCUGCUCCCUGAGGGCCUCGAGCCCCCGACUGGAAAGAGCAAGAACGGCCUGUCCCUUCCAGUCGGACUGAUCGUGGGUCUGACGGCCCUGGGGCUGCUGGUCAUUGGACUGGUGAACUGUGUCAUCCUGAGCCAGAGGAAAAAGAAGCCCAUCUGCCUACAGCGAGAAGCCAAGGUGCCUCACGUGCCUGUGGAUAGGAUCCGCGGUGUGACCGGCGUGGAGCAGCAGCUGCUGCUCACUACGGCGCCCAGCUCCAGCAGCAGCUCCCUGGAGAGCGCGGCCAGCGCCGCUGCUCCGGGCACAGAGAAGGCCGAGGCGGGUGGGGAGACCCGGGCCAGCUCCAGGAUCUCAGAGUCUCCCUCUGGUGGCCACGGGACCCAGGUCAAUGUCACCUGCAUCGUGAACGUCUGCAGCAGCUCUGAGCAUAGCUCGCAGUGCCCCUCCCAAGCCGGCACCUCGACAGAGGACCUAGACGCCAGCCCCUCGGGCUGCCCAAAGGAUGAGCAAGUCCCCUUCUCCCAGGAGGAGUGCCCCUUUCAGUCCCCGCGGGAGACCCCGGAGGCUCUGCUGCAGAGCCUGGAGAAGUCCCUGCCCCUCGGCGAGCUCGACCAGGGCAUGAAGCUCACUUAACAGGGCUGGUAUGGGUCAUGUCACAGCCAAAGGGGGCUGAGCCCGGCAGGGCCGCUCCAUUCCUCCCAGGCCCCUGUGCCCCGCGGGCCUCUGUGGCUCUUUCCGGCUCAGGUUACUACAGUGGCGGGAAAACCCUGCUAGCAUGGUGCAAGUCCUUCAUGGUUGGUGGCUGGCAUGAACCUGUGGGACGUGCCCUUGUUGUACCUGUACCCGACCCCAGCUGGACCUGCACAUUUGACUUCCAAGCCCCUAGUGGCUUUUUUUUUUUCUUCUAAACCCUGGACUCUGAGCUGAUUCUGGCUUUCCAGAGGCCCCAGCAUCCUUCCCUUCUGCCAGGCUUGCUGGGAGGAGGGACGCUGCGUGUCACCCGUGGGGAGAGGACAGCACUUCGGCCUGGAUGCGGAGCCCGCAGGAUGGCCCUGCGGAGGGGAGACCACUGGUCAGAGGGUUCCAUGGGGAGGAGGGAGUAGCGGCCCUGUAGGGGACACGGGCCCCUCAGAUUGGCUCAGGGCUUUUGGAAGGUACCACCUCCAAACCACUUACAGCUUGUUCUUUGGUACCCGCUGUGAAAAUCUGAUGCCCAGCGGGCCCAGGCAGGCGUCUUUACUCCAUGCUACAGCCAAGAUGUCAGACCUAGGCCCCGGAGGGGCGCAGGUGCCCCAGGGAUAAAGCGCGUCUCAGCAUGCUCAGUGCUCUGAGCAACCCCAGCACCCCCAAAAAUGUGAGCGCCAUGCAGGUCAAGAAGGCAACAAAGCCAAGGCAUGGUGGUGCACACCUGCGGUCCUGAGACCCUGUCUGCAAAAAUCCAACAAAAGCAGCCCUUCCGGUGCCCUUGGCGCCCUUCACCUUUGAUGUUCUGCAAAAUGCCCGUUGCUCCUCCCCGCACACCCUCCCAUGAACGGUGAACGGCUCAAGGCCACGCUGGGGACUUCAGAACCAGGGAGGUCUCAGGCCUCUGCAGCCACCUUCUCCUACCUCAGCCUGGACCUGCCCAGAACCUCCCGCCCCCAGCACCCUGGCCCCGGGGCAGCCGAAGAGCCGUUUUGGUACUGUGCCCGUGAUGAUGCCCAGCGGAUGUGAGAAGCCAAGCGCCUGCGUCUGUGUCUUUUGUGUGUCGUGGAGUCUGCAGAGUGGAUGCCACCCUGAAGCAGCUGAAGCCAGUUCUUCCCCACUGGCAAGGCAGGAACGUGGGCGGCCGUGACCAGAUUCUAGAAAGAAGGGGUUGGCGACCCCCGGAAAGGCCUGUUCAGCCUCAGGUACUUGGAUCCUUGUUAAUGAAUUCCACUGGACUUGAACUUGGCAGCUGAACUGCUGUGGGGGAGGAGAGCCUUCCUGUGACCACGGAGACCACAAGGGCUUUCUGCCCGGGCAUCAAGGUGUCAGACUGCCCAGCCUGGCUGGGUCUCUGCUCGCCUGGGCCCUGGGCAGCGAUGGAGCGCAUCUGCCCCCUGGUGGACAGUCCUGAGAGCCCCGGAAUUGGAAGGCCCUCGGUUCCCCUGCUCCUGCCGAUCCGAUGAUGAGUUUGCACCAUUUGGUGGGCAGCAUUCCUAGUUAUUAAUAAAUUUGGUUUGUUUUACACGUUGA